GUGACCCGCUGGUGAAGAAGGAACGCCCACUGACAGGCGCCGCGCGCAGACCCCGGCUCAUCUUUUAACCGGCGGCUCCGGCGCUCGCGGGCGGCCAGUGAGGCUGAGCGCGGCGGGAACACGGCACGGAGCCCUCCGCUUCAUCUUCAGCGAUGUCAUCACUACUCCUCUUCCUCACCUCCGUUCUCCUCCUUCACCCCGUCUGGACUCUGGACUUCCGCUACCACCUCAACAGUGAGAUCGAGCAGUACCUGAUCCAAACCAGCAAGUCCAACCCCAACAUCACUCACCUGUACAGCAUCGGCAAGUCCGUCAGAGGACAGGAGCUGUGGGUGCUGGCUCUGGGGGUCAACCCUCAGCGACAUGUGGUGGGGAUCCCGGAGUUCAAAUAUGUGGCCAACAUGCAUGGAAAUGAGGUUCUGGGUCGGGAGCUGAUGCUGCAUCUGAUUGAGCACCUGGUUCAGGGUUACCAGAACCAGGAGGCGUCGAUACUGCAGCUCCUGAGGAGCACCCGCAUCCACAUCCUGCCCUCCAUGAACCCCGACGGCUUCGACGAGGCCGACACAAACUGUCAGUACGUCCAGGGGAGGUACAACCACAACAACGUGGAUCUGAACAGGAACUUUCCUGACGUCUUCACCGAUCCUCAACGCCAGCAGCUGAGCGAGGAUCAAAGAGAAGCGGAGGUGAGGGCCGUGAUGCGCUGGCUGAGGAACGAGACCUUCGUUCUCUCUGCAAACCUUCACGGUGGCGCUCUGGUGGCGAGUUACGCCUAUGACAACGGUAAAGGAGGCAGCCUGCAGAUGGGCGGGGCCAGCCUCACGCCUGACCAUGACGUGUUUAUCCACCUGUCCAAAGAGUACUCCUACAAUCAUGCCUCAAUGCAUCUUGGGAACAGCUGCCAGGACAGCAGGCCGUUCCGCGACGGCAUCACCAACGGAUACGAGUGGUACCCUCUGGCAGGCGGCAUGCAGGACUACAACUACGUGUGGGCGCAGUGUUUGGAGGUGACGCUGGAGCUAUCCUGCUGCAAGUUUCCUCCGCCCGACCAGCUCGCUGAUCUGUGGAACGACAACAGAAAGGCUCUGCUGGCGUACAUUCGACAGGUGCACCUGGGGGUCAAAGGUGUCGUGUACGACGGCUCCGGGGUGGCGGCCCAGGAUGCGUUGGUGGAGGUCGAAGGUCGUAAGAACAUUUGUCCGUUCAGAACCAACUCGCAUGGAGAAUACUACCGACUGCUGCUCCCUGGAAACUACACCUUCACUGUGAUGUACCCGGAUCAUGAGGUUCUGACGGAGACUCUCAGCAUCCCGUACGGCCCGGACAGCUACUCUGCUGCGACGCACAACUUCAGGUUACGCCGCUCGUCUGCCGUCACGACCGGCCGCAUACAAACCUGCCCCACACCUGGCUAUAACCCCGCGGUGAACCUGGAAGGAGGCGGAGCCUCGUCCAGCCUGACGUGGAUCCGGCACGCCGCGGGGUUGAGCCUGGCAGUGUUAGUGCGAUGGGUGAUAGAAUGAAGGUUUAGAAGACUCCCGCUCGGGAAGCUUCAGGAGAACCUGAAUGAACCAAAGCGUUUGUGAAGGAGCUCAUGAAGACCGCCGUCCGGUUCCUCACGCUGCUGCCUUUAAGAGUGCCAACAAAUGUAUCUUAGCUGCACAGAGAUUACAGUCUGAUGGCAGUGUGUCAUGUUUGCACAAAGACGUCCACUGAACCACAGAUACCUCAGUGAACCAAACGUACGCCGCCCUCCUGCGUUUAGGGUCGCUUCAGUUUCCUGUUUAAAGUUCAAAAAGAGAAAAUAGUUUUUUGGCUUUUAUCUUAGAAAAAGUUAAAAGAACCAACACAAAACUUUAUUUUAGCAGCAUCAGGAAGCUAACACUUUGGAAGAAACUAUAUAUAUUUAAAUAACUUUCAACCGUGACUCAAUACAACCAGUAAGAGUGAUUUAUAAAUGACAUUUGUUUUCCCAGAAUGCUUCAGGUUAUUGAUCUGAAUCUGAAUUUUCCACUUUUAGGGAAAAAAAACUUCUGCUUUCCAUCUUAAAUAACCAGACUUUUGCUUUAUUAACCUUAAAAUUAUUGUGGUUUUAAACCAAACUUCAGUUUGUUUUUAUGUUUUAUGAUGCCUUAAAAGAUUUUUUUUAUCCUCUUUGGUAAAAACUGAACCACAGUGACCCUCAAAUUACUUUUAUUUUUUUUUUAGAUUUAAGAUGUAAAAUUAAGCAACAAAAAUUCCCCUCCUGAAACAGAACUCUUCUUCGUUCCGGGUUUUUCAGACCAAAACAAGAUUUAAGGAAACUUUUCUGUUCGACUCUCACCUGAACCUGGAAAUGAGGCCGCUUUUCCCCUAGGGGGCGUUAAACUGCAGUGGCGUCUUUUCCAACAAACGUAUUUAUUGUCUUAUCCAGUUACUCAGUGACGGGUCUGGGUUUAGUCCAGAGUUCAUCGUUGAGCAGCCGCCUUUAGGCCCAUUUAAAGGAUGUUCUCAACUUAUCUGCAGCUGUUAGUCCUGAUCGUUACUGGAAACGUAAAGUUUGGACGAAUGUUGAUCAGUAGAUCUGCCACAAACGAUUAUAAUAGUCGACUAAUCAGGUCAUGUGCUAAUCUUGACUAUCAUUAGCUUUAAACUAACUAAAAAUAAAGAAAUGAAGAUGAUUAAUCGUU